GCGUCAGGCCAGAUAGUAUACCUACUGCUAUGCCGCACCGAGAGCCGGUGCUGCCUAAACGGCGCCUUUUCCAAGGCAACAGCGCGAGGUAGUCGUCCAAGCCCGUACAGGGACCUAUUACCUCUGUGUAUUUAUACUCGACUCUCCUCGAGGACCUCCUCAUCCACCUCUGUCUGAUUCCCCGGCCUGUCCCCGACUCUAGCACCUCCUCUCCUUGGUCCCCUGCGAUGCUGUUCCCCUUCGGAACGAUGCAGGAGCUGUGGCACCUCCCCAACCUCAACCCCGGCGCCUCAGCGUCGGCGCCCAUCGCGGUGGUCUUCCUGACCCGCGCCAGCGCCGCCGAGCGCGCCGCCCUCCUGUCGGACCUGGACGGCCCGGGCGGGGAGGCGGCGCUGCCCGGCCGCCCGGCCGCCGCGCCGCCGCCGAGGGUCCUCGCCGGCGUCCCCUGGGUCCGUAGGUCCGUGCCGGACACGGGCCGGGCCGUCUACGAGGUGAUGAGCGGCCAGUUCCGAGGCGCCGCCGUAUUCGCCGACGCGGAGACGAUGCGCGAGCGCGCCGGCGGCGGCCCCGGGACCGUCGUCGUGGCGGCGUCGGGGCGCGGCGCGGCGCCCGACGAGCCGAUCCGCGAGCUGCUGCAGGCCGCGCGGGUCGACGUCCGCCGCGCCAAGCCGCUUCUCUCCCGCGUGCUGGACGCGGCCAUGGCGGAGACCCUGGCCGACGUCAUGCCGGACUACGCGGCGCGCAAGAUUGACUUCCCCGCCGAGUGGGCGCUCGAGAGGGUGAGGAGAUUCCAAUUCAAGACGAAUCCCGAAUCUCUUGGGGACGGCGACCAGGAGUUUCUCCACGUCUGCCCGGCCCACCUGCCGGUAGACUUGGAGCUGAGCGCCGAGGAGCCGACGCUGGUGUCGCUGGUGCACCUGGAAGACGCCGAGAUCGCCCAGCUCAAGAAGACCAUCUCGGGCGGGACCGCACCCCAGCCGAAGGACGUUCGCAUUCUCAACUGGCCGGCCGCCAAAGAGCCAGGGACCUGGGACGAGAUGCACCGCAUCUUCGGCGCCAUACGACCGCCGUUUCCCGACGGGGUCUACGAGAGAUACGCCCUGUUCGUAGACAGGAGCGAGCCCGAGGGCUCCGGCCGCGGAGACGUCGAGAUCCUCCUGGUGCAGCAGAUGCGGGACCGCCACACCAAUCGGCCAGACACCAACCUGGAGGUGGCCAAACUAAACAAGGCUGAGUCGACGCUCGACGUCUGGCGGGCCAUGUUCGACCGGUCUAGAUCGGGCGAGCGUGGGGGAGAGGGGCAGAGCCAGAGAUUCGGCAGGGACGACGUAUCGUGGUUGCGAAAUCUACCGGACCCGGACCGCAUCACGGUCUCGGACGACUACGACGGCUGCUACGUGUUCCUGCUGUGCCCGAUGUCCAAGGCGCAGGUCCAGCGCGUCAGAGAGGAGCUGGGCAGGGAGUGGGGGAUGCAGCUGAUGGACGUCUCGCGCCACGUUGCCACGCCGGACAUCGCGGGCCUCGUGGGCCUCCUGGAAUCGGCCGAGUUCCGGAAGUACUCCGACCCCCCGGGGCAGUUCAUCGCCGUCGACAAGGAGACUCUAGAUCAUAGCGACGGCUUGUGCAUCAUCGCCGAAGUCGACUUGAGGUUUUACGAGGGAAACGGGGGGCGCUCUAUAGGGCACGACCAUCUGGGCUACGGCUGGGGCAGAGCGUGUUACGAGGACGCCGUAAGCAUGUGGGUGAACUACAGCGUCGCGAACAUGAGCUUGGAGGAGGACCUCGAGGACAGCAUUCAAUACGCCUACUGGAGCGACGUCUUGAUAGACGAGGUUCGUAAGCUGAACGACCAGCAAGACGGCGAUGGGGGCAAGGAAGCUGAGGAGGAAGGCGGAGAUGAGGAAGAAGAAGACGAAGAGCAAUAGCUACCGGGGCGUCUUCUACGAUAACGAGCCUCUGCGUAAUUGACUACACUACAUACUGGCUCAGACAACAUGACAGGCUCCGAGGCGGCGGAGGCGGCAUCGCGCGGCUUUCUGAACUUCCCACGUCAUACAUCCCCG